UUAAGGGUUCACAAUGUGCAACUGAUGUAUGGAUGUGAGUUGGAUGAUGAUGGAACCAAGAGAGGAUACAUGCAGUACGGUUAUGAUGGAGAAGACUUCCUCAGUCUGGAUCUGAACACCCUCACCUGGACUGCAGCUAAACCUAAAGCUGCUAUUACCAAACUCAAGUGGGCAAUUACUGAGCAAAGAGCAUGGACUGCCCAGGCUAAGGCCUACCUGGAGAACACCUGUAUCGAGUGGCUACAGAAGUAUGUGGUUCAUGGCAGAGAUGCUCUGGAGAGGAAAAACCCUCCUGAGGUGACCCUGUUCCAGAAGGACUCCUCUUCUCCAGUGGUGUGUCAUGCUACAAGCUUCUUCUCCUGGCAGAAGAAUGGAAAGGGCCUGCAUGAGAACAUGGAGCUCAGAGAGACGUCACCCAUCCAUGAUGGGCCCUUCCAGAAGAGAAGCAUUCUCACAGUCUCAUCUGAGGAGCUUCAUAAGAAUGAGCACACCUGUGUAGUUCAGCACAGUGGACUGGAGAAGGAGUUAGUGCUGAGAGUGGCUGAUCGCAGAGUCCUGUCAGAUGGUGUUUCAGGUGGAGUUUUAGGGGGCGUGUUGGUGGGCUUGGUGAUUCUCCUUCUCAUCCUCAGUGUUUGA